AUGGAUGAUGACUGGCAAGAUGCCGCGUUUUCUUCACGCCACAUGCACAAUCGCAGAGGAAGCAGCGGUAAAUCCAAACACAGCAGCGCCUUUGACGUCCGCAAGACAUUCGCAAGUUACUCCGUCAAAUGCCCAGCCUGGCAAAAGGCCUUAGCUACAGACGGUGAUGCACAGUCGGACCAAGAAGCCUCCUUAGAGUUGUAUCGGCUAACCGAAUCCGGCGAGGGCGUUGUGGGCGAACUCCUCCUCCCAGGUGUGCUGCGGUCAUCCGUCAUAUUAGCCGGUAGUCGAGACAGUCUACGACGAACUAUCGCGGAUCUCGAAUCAGGCGAGGAUGCGUCGGAAGAAGAUGACCAAGAGGGACAAGGCGAUACCAGUAGUAACACCGAACCAGAAUCGCCGGCGAAAACGCGCUUCGACACAUUUGAGAAGAAUAGUUUCCGCUCUCCCAAGUUUUGGUUUCGCUGGAGUGGUGUACCACAUGGUGCUUCCCACUCAACUUCGAAAGAGAAUGGUUCUUUUGAGUCAGAUCUGGGAUAUCUUGUAUUCUCUGGGAACGAUUGCCGAAAGUUCAAAGGCACUAUUAAUUGCGCUUCUUUGAAGUGGAAGAACGUAGCCAUCACCGGCCAUAAGAUGAUUGCGAGAUCAGAGUCGGAUACCCAGGUCACGUGGGGCAAAGAUGAGGUUCCGAUUUGA